GCUCGGGUGAAACUGACACGCCUCAGCGGUGUGCGGCUGCAGGUUGGGUUGGUCUGGGUGCGGUUACGUGGCUGUGAUUCACAUUUUUUGGAGCGCGUCUUCUCCACCCAGAGCUGCAUUCAUGAGCACGCUGAACAAGAGUGACAGCGGGGGAGAGAGAGAGAGACGCUGGGGGGUGAGACAAUCUGAUCAGACAGAGACAGACGAGCGGACAGACAGCACCAUGGAUUUCUCUUCUCAGGUGUCUGAUCUCUGUUUGGUGUUGGUGGGCAGUAUUGGCUGUGGAAAGACUCUCACCACAGACACACUGUUAGGUCAAAGUUCACAUCAGAGACCUUCGAUCUCUUCACGCGAGUGUCAGGUAUGGCGAGCUUUGUCCGAGGGCCGAAGUUUGAGCGUGGUGGAGACCCCUCGCUGGUACUGGAGAGGCGGGCAGGUGGAGGCCGACAUUCAGGCGGAGACGCGGCGGGCCAUCGAUCUGAGCGCUCCAGGGCCUCUCGUCUUCCUCAUUCUGAUUCCUGUGGGUGAGUUUACAGAGAUGGAGCAGAAGAUCCCGGAUCAGCUGGAGCAGAUGUUCGGCCGGUCGGUGCUCCAUCACACGCUGGUGCUGCUCACCUGUGGAGAUUACCUGAUGAGCCGCAGUCUGCACGAGUACCUGAGACAGGAGGAGGGGCUUCAGGAGGUGCUGAGGAGAUGUCACGGUCGCUGUCAUGUGAUCAACAACCGCAGACCUCAUGACAGACAGCAGGUCAUCACGCUUCUGGAAGAGGUGGAGCAGAUGAUUCAGAUGAACGGAGGAUUCGUGCUGAACAGAGACCAGGAGAUGCUGCAGAAAUCCCAGCCGAAGCUCAAUGCUACAGCGACAAGAUCAUGGAGCGGACUCACAGAUCAGACAAAGAGCGACAGCACAGAGGAAACAGGAAGUGAUGCGAUGAUUGAGUCGCGUUUGGUCAACGGGCUUCACUCGCAGCCAUACGAGAGCGAGCAAACACAGAUGACACACUCGCCGCUGGAGAGAAGCUCCAGUUUCAAACUCAACAGAGAUGGCGCUAUUCUCAGUAACAUGCUGGAGGUGUCAGAGUCUCACAACAACCAAAACUUCAUCAACACCAUUCAUCACAGUAUUAGAAAGGUUGUGGACAGCAGUGAAACGUUCUCAGCGGUGUCCUCCUCCGAUGUUCAGAAUGAUUCUUCCCUCGCUGAGCUUAGGAUGAUUCUGUUGGGUCGUCGUGGUUCUGGGAAGAGUGAGGCUGGAAACAUCAUUCUGGGCUGUGACGUGUUUGAACGACACACCGAUGACGGCACAGCGGCGCCUCAGCAGUGUGUGAAAGGCCAAACGAUUGUACAGAACCAGCUGGUGUCUGUGGUUGACACACCAGACUGGUUCGAUUCAGAGAGAUCUCCUGAAGAGGUCAAACGGCAGAUCUCCAGAUGUCUGUUUCUGUCUGCUCCGGGUCCCCACAUCUUCCUGAUGUGCGUCCCCGUCAACCGACCCGCCCACUCUGAGCUGCCGGCCCUGCGCGCGCUGGAGGGCGUGUUCGGACCCGACGCCGUCCGCCGUCACACGCUCGUCCUCUUCACGCACUCUGACCUGCUGCCGGAGGCGGCGGGCAUGGAGGGGGUCGAGGCGUACAUCGCCUCCCGCCGGCCGGAGAUGCUGGAGCUGGUGCAGAAAUGCGGCGACCGCUAUCACGUGCUGCAGCGCAAAGACAGAGGCGGCGUGCCCGAGCUGCUGGACAAAGUACAGCAGACGGUGAGAGAGAGCGGAGGAGGUUACUACAGCAGCUCGCUCGACCGGGAGGCCGGGAGCGGCAGACAGGAGGAGAUCUCCACCGUCCGGAGGGACAGACAGCUGAACCUGUCUCACCCUCUGCAUGAUCUGAAGGAGACAGAAGAAGAGGAGGAGCUCGCAGCCGGGAAGAACAUCCAUCUGGACUCCGUGGUGCUCCUCUCCUCCUCCACCUCUGCACAAACUCCGUCGCUGUUCCGCUCCGUCUGUGAGAAGGCGGGUUCAGGUGCGAAGCGCGUGCCGAAGGUUCUGGCUGUAGGAGCUCUGCUGGGAGCGGCGCUGGGCGUGUUUCUCUCUGGAGCUGUAGGAGGCGCUGUGGGAGCGGCGCUGGGCGCUGUAGUCUGUGAGGUUGGACGCCGGCGGUACAGUAAACAGAAAACUCAGUAACAAAAGAUGAGUGUGAAAGCAAAAGUCUGAACUGUAAAAUGUUGCUCAUGUAAGAAUCAUGUACGGUAUUAAAUGUGUACGAACUCUAAUUAUAAUAAUAAAAAUAAUCUUAUUUGUUUUAAAAAAAAAAAACGCACACGACACAGACACAAAAAUCACACACAAGUGUUUCUUACAAAAAUAAAAUUUUGAUUUUAAA